AAUUCUUGGGAAAAAAAAGUCACUUUUUUUUUUUUCCUUCAAACGCGACAAAAAAUAAAAAGAGGGAGACAAAUUUAUAAGAUUCUUUAAUUAUUGUAGUUGUUUAAAUAAUCAUGUUUUUAUAUAAUAUUACUUUGAAUCCAACGUCAGCCAUUAAUCAGGCUAUUCAUGGCAACUUUUCCGGUACUAAACAACAAGAGAUAAUUGUAGCGAGGCAAACUCGCUUAGAAUUAUUACGUCCCGAUCCAACUUCUGGAAAAGUACAUACCAUCUUGACCCAUGAAUGUUUUGGUUUAAUUCGUUGCAUAGUGCCAUUCCGACUAACAGGUGGAAAUAAAGAUUAUGUGGUUGUAGGUUCAGAUUCAGGUCGUAUUGUCAUUUUAGAAUAUAAUCCAGCAAAGAAUACGUUUGAUAGAAUACAUCAAGAAACACAUGGUAAAACAGGAUGCCGUCGUAUUGUGCCAGGUCAGUACUUGGCUGCUGAUCCUAAAGGCCGUGCUGUUAUGAUUGCUGCUGUUGAAAAACAAAAACUUGUUUAUAUUCUUAACCGUGAUUCAGCUGCGAACUUGACUAUUUCAUCACCUUUAGAAGCUCAUAAAAGCCAUACAAUUAUUCAUCAUAUUGCAGCUAUCGAUGUUGGAUUUGAAAACCCUAUGUUUGCUUGUUUAGAAGUUGACUAUACUGAUGCCGAUACUGAUCCAACAGGAGAAGCAUGUAAAGAAGCCGAAAAGAUGUUAACAUAUUAUGAAUUAGAUCUUGGUUUAAAUCAUGUUGUUAGAAAAUGGAGUGAAGCAGUUGAUCGCAAUGCCAAUUUACUUAUACCAGUUCCUGGUGGUAAUGAUGGUCCCUCAGGUGUAUUAGUUUGUUCAGAGAACUUUAUUGCUUAUAAACAUCCUGAAAAUGAAGAGCUUCGUAUUCCUAUUCCUCGACGUGCCCAACCUUUGGAAGAUCCCACACGAGGUAUUAUUAUUUCUACUUUUGUUGUUCAUAGAAUGCGUGUAGAUAAAAAGACACAAUUCUUCUUUUUACUUCAAUCUGAAGAGGGUGAUCUUUAUAAAGUAACAAUGGAUCAUGACCAAGGUGUAGUAAAUGGUAUGACAAUUAAAUAUUUUGAUACAAUUCCUGUUGCUACUUCUCUUUGUAUUUUAAAGAGUGGCUUCUUGUUUGCUGCAAAUGAAUUUGGUAAUCAUCACAACUACUUCUUUGAAAGUCUUGGUGAUGAUGAUGAUGAUCCAGAAAUCUCCUCUGCUGAUUAUAUGGAAGCAGAAGCUGAACAGGAAGAAAGACCUUUUGUAUACUUUAAACCACGUCCAUUAAAGAAUCUAUCACUUGUUGAUGAAUUAACUUCGAUGGCACCAUUAAUGGAUUCAAAAGUAUUAAACUUGGCAGAUGAGGAUUCACCACGUAUUUAUUCUAUUUGUGGUAGAGGACCUCAGUCUACAUUCCGUAUUUUAAAUCAAGGUUUGGAAGCAGCAGAACUAGCUGUUAGUGAAUUACCUGGUAAUCCUAGUGCUGUUUGGACUACAAAAUUAAAAGCAGAUGAUGAAUUUCAUGCUUAUAUUGUUGUUUCAUUUGCAAAUGCUACGCUUGUAUUGUCUAUUGGUGAAACAGUUGAAGAAGUGACAGAUACUGGAUUUCUGACAGAUGAACCUACAUUAGCCGUUCAACAAAUUGGUGAAGAUGCACUUGUUCAAGUUCAUCCUAAGGGUAUCCGUUACAUUCGUGCAGGUGGAAGAGUGAAUGAAUGGAGAACACCUAAUGGUCAAGCCAUUACUGUAGCUGCUACAAAUAGCCGUCAGGUUAUUAUUGCCCUUUCUGGAGGUGAAUUGGUUUAUUUUGAAUUGGAUAAUAUGGGACAAUUAAAUGAACAUCAAGAACGUAAGAGAAUGUCUUCCGUUGUUUCUGCUUUAUCUUUAGGUGAUGUCCCUGAGGGUCGCCAGCGUUCACGUUAUUUAGCAGUGGGUUGUGAAGAUCAAACUGUACGUAUUUUAAAUUUAGAUCCUGAUAGUUGUUUAGAAGCUGUUUCAAUGCAAGCAGUUCAAGGUGUCCCUUCUAGUUUAUGUAUUGUAGAAAUGAUGGAUACAGGUGUUGAAUUAGGUCAUGGUACAACUUACUUAAAUAUUGGUUUGAGUAAUGGUGUCUUACUUCGUACUAUCUUGGAUACCGUUACAGGUCAACUAUCUGAUACACGUACCCGUUUUAUUGGUGCCAAAAGCGUCAAAUUAUUUAAAAUUACUAUUCAAAAUCAUCCUGCUGUUUUAGCUUUAUCAACAAGACCUUGGGUUACAUAUACAUUCCAAAAUAGACUUUAUUUAACACCUCUUAGCUAUGAGAUGUUAGAAUAUGGUAGUGCGUUUAUUAGUGAACAAUGCCGUGAAGGUGUGGUUGCGAUUGCAGGAAAUACUUUAAGAAUUUUCACCAUCGAAAAGCUUGGUAAUAUAUUUAAUCAGAUAUCUAUUCCAUUGAAAUAUACGCCUAGAAAAUUUGCACUUCAUCCACCUUCUAGAACAUUUGUCGUUGUUGAGAGUGACCAUGCAACAUUUUCCCCUGAAGCUAAAAUGAAGGGACUUGAAGAAAAAGAAAAGGAAGGAUUUGAGAUUGACGCUGAUAUUACAAACUUGGAUCCUCUUCAGUUUGGUAAUGUACGUAAUGUUGCAGGACGAUGGGCUAGUUGCAUUCAACUUAUAGAACCUUUCCAAAGCAAUGUUAUCCAGACAAUUGAAUUGGAGGAAAAUGAAGCGGCAUUUAGUGUGGCCAUGGUUCAAUUCCAUACAAACCCUCAUGCCUCUGAUCCUUCUGAGCAAUUUGUAGUAGUAGGUACAGGCCAAAACGUGACACUCUCCCCUCGCUCCUGUACAGCAGGUUAUCUCCGUGUAUAUCGAGUUGUUCAAGGUGAAGAGGGACAUCUUCAUCUUAACUUCAUUCAUCGAACUCCUCUAGAUGAAGUUCCUUAUGCCUUAUUAGCCUUCCAAGGUCGUUUAUUAGUUGGUGCAGGUAAAGCACUUCGUAUUUAUGAUAUUGGUAAAAAGAAAAUGUUAAGAAAAUGUGAGACAAAGACAUUACCCAAUUGCAUUGUAUCACUUCAUACACAAGGACAUCGUAUCCUUGCCACUGAUGUUCAAGAAUCUGUACAUUAUAUUAUUUAUAAGCAUGCUGAUAAUCGUCUUGUCAUCUUUGCAGAUGAUACUGUGCCUCGUUGGAUGACAGCAUCGACUAUGGUAGAUUAUGAAACAAUAGCAGGCGGUGAUAAAUUUGGUAAUUUCUUUGUUAAUCGUUUACCAGAAUCUAUAUCGCGUGAAAUAGAUGAAGAUACGACUGGUAAUCGUAUUUAUCAUGAAAAGGGCUACUUAAAUGGUGCCCCUAAUAAGGUUGAAAACUUGUGCGAAUAUUUUACUGGCGAUAUUAUUACUUCCAUCCAUAGAACAACGCUGUUGUCAGGUGGACGUGAAGUUCUUUUGGCUACUUCAUUAUUAGGCUCUAUUUCGAUUUAUGUUCCAUUUAUAUCUAAAGAAGAUGUUGACUUUUUCCAAAUGCUAGAGAUGCAUAUGCGUGCAGAAGCACCGCCACUUGCUGGACGGGAUCAUUUACUUUAUAGAAGUUACUAUACACCAGUUCGAUCUGUUAUUGAUGGUGAUUUAUGUGAACAGUUCAAUUCACUACCUGCUGAGAAGAAGCGUAUGAUUGCUGAAGAAUUAGAUCGUCCUGUUGCUGAUGUACAGAAGAAGAUUGAAGAUAUGCGUAUAAGAUCAGGAUUUUAAUAAUUGAUCAAAAGAAAGAAAAUAGAAUAAAAAUUGCGAGCUAAAAUAUAUUCUAAACUUGAAAAGCC